CUUUUUUUUAUUUCAUUUGUAGGAAUGCCUUUAGUCUAUUAUCUGGCACCUCUGUAUCUGCACUGUUUGAUAUUUCUCUCUAGUAGUAAAAUUGUUAGCUCUCUUUGCUCGUGGACAUAGCUAACACACUGUUAAUGACACGUAAAUCUUUGUGUCGAUCUUUACGGUUUUUCACUCUCUUUGCUUGUUCUUGUUUCUGUCAUAACAUUAUUAGCUAUAUAUCUCUCCUUCUGAUCUACUGUUUGCAAGCUGUGUAGUGGUGGAAAUUUUGAUAAUGCUUUCAUCUAUAUGAACUGGUUCUGAUUCUAAUGUCACUUACUUGCAGAUAACUUCUGCUGUUUCUCAAUCAGCCACUCCCACAAUUUCGAGGGGUAGCCAAUGCUUCAGAGUCUCUACGAGUGUAGCAGAAAUAUUUCCUGUCCUCAGUUUUAAUUUUAAGGGCAUUGCAUCCAUGGUGGUGACUCCUGAAGAAUAUCUUCAGUUUGACUCCAUAGAACCAGCUUUAUGGUGCAUCGGUUUUCAGAAAGCUGAGGAUGGAUUGAACAUUUUGGGAGAUCUUGUUUUGAAAGAUAAAAUCAUUGUCUAUGACUUAGCUCGACAAAGGAUAGGAUGGGCGAAUUAUGACUGUUCGUCGUCCGUAAAUGUUUCUGUAACAUCUGGAAAGGAUGUUUUCAUCAACGAAGGACAGCUGAGUGUAAGCAGCUCCUCAAGAAAGCAUUUCUAUCAGCUGCUCAACAUUGUUAUUGUACUACUAAUACAUUUAAAACUGUUCUGAAGUCCAUUUUUGAUCAUAACCCUGAGGGUUAUCGUCUUCAUUAUUUGCACUAGCUGCGUUCCCCUGGCCAAUCUGUAUUUUGAAUGCUUGGUCGGGCUGCUUAUCGCCAACCUGCAAAGGGAAAACGUUCCUGUGCUGCCUGCAUCGUACAUCUGGCUCGAAAUGCAGGCACCUCUUUCUUUGAGCUCCUUGUUCAGUCGUGACCCAUUAAAGGGUCUUCUCUUAGGUGAAAGCUGUACAUUUUGAAAUUUUAGUUCGAUCUCUGGUAAGGGUUGUGUUUCUAUAGGAAAUGGGUUGUCAAUAGCCUCCUUUAAAUUUGAGGUAGAAUUAGAGAUUGAGAGAGUUGACAUUGCUGUAUGCAUGAUCUAUUCAUCACAUAGAGUCUGAUA